GAUUAAACCAGGUUUUUCUUUAAAAAAAUUGUUAAAAAAUGUUAACAAAUUUCUCUUGUUGUGAAUUGAGUUCGUAGCAAUUCGCGCGCCAUAAAUAUUUCUGCCGUUACUAUAUACAAAAUCAUAUUUUCAAACAACACAAUAUGGCUGAGGAAUUGAGCGAGGAGGAUGGUCGUAAAGAAAAUCCUAAAACUGCUCAACAAAAAGAAUAUUAUUUUCAAAACAGAAUGGAUGUGUUUCCUUCUAGGUACCCAGCAAGUAGAAAUAACUUUGAUAAAUCAGCUUGUUUUAAUGAGAUGACUAAUCUGGACGUAAAAACUGAAGAUUUGGACUCAACAACACAACAACAACGUGUUUCAAUAUUGGGCAAUGGUUUAUCGUUAUUAAAAGCUGUUGAUUCAGAGACUCCUCUAGCCUGUGAGAAUGUCUUUACAACAGAAAACGGGUACAAAACUGAAAUCAUUUCUAAUAAUAAUCAUGCAGGGUCUUUGCAGCAAAAACGUAAAAGCUCCUCACAUCCAUGUUCACCUGUUGUCAAGAAACCAAAACCUGGAUUUUCAAAUGUUCGAAAAAAGGAAUUUCAAGAUGUGAAGUUGGAAUCUGACAAAAUUGCAAAGAAGAAAAAGAAAAAAUACUACAAAGACAUUCUUGAAAAGCGAUUCAAUGAUGUUGAUCGUUGUGUGCGUAAAAAUAUAGAUAGCACUUUAAAAUUUGGAAAGUAUAUCCAUACUUACAUAGAUCCCAACGGAGGAGCGAAGGUGCUUCAUUCUUACGCUGAUGAACUAACACAUGUUAAACCGGAGUACUUGAAAGAUUUUGCCCAGGAAUUUUUAAAUCUACUUUUCAAGGAGCAGCAUGAAGGGCAAUCUGAUUAUGUCAUGGGAAUCGUACAUGACGCAGCACUGUGUUUACCUGAACUUAUAUCUUAUUUUAAAACUGCGCAUCCAAACAUAGUUGUAAAAGUGGAAGCCCUGUGCAAGAAGUCUGAUGUAUCAACAAUGAAAAUGAGUGAUUUUAGUGAUCUAGUUGAAAACAGUUAUGACAAUGGCACUUACAGAGCAGGAGGUUUGCUACAAUUGAGCUUGGUGGGAACUGUCGCAGAAGAGUCGGGAGGUUAUUUACCUGAUAUUCUUGACAUGAUGGAGAAAGAUCCUUUUUUGAAUCUUACAUUACCAUGGGGAGAGUUUUCCCUUUUAAAUGGGUAUGAUAGAGCGAAAAGCAAUGAUGGUCCUAUAAUGUGGGUUAGACCAGGUGAACAAAUGGUACCAUCCGCUGAAGUGCCAAGAUCACCUCAAGGGAAAAGACGAAAAACUGCAGUUAACGAGCUUCAGAAGCUCCAGUACCUUCCGCGUGUUUCUGGUCCUCGAGAGACUUUAGCUGAAGAUAGAACAAAGUGUCAUGCAGAUCAUGUUGGACAUGGACUUGAUAGACAAACAACCGCUGCUGUUGGUGUUUUAAAGGCUGUCCAUUCAGAUAAAAAGAAGACUCACCUAAAUCGUGAUUGCAAGGAUGUCAUCGCAUUUCACGCUGCAGACCAUUUGGCGGUUGUUGAUAAAAUGCAACUCGAUCUUUAUGAACCUCCCAUGUCGCAAUGUGUCCAAUGGAUUGACGAUGCCAAGCUAAAUCAGUUGAGACGUGAAGGAGUGCGUUACGCCAGGAUCAUGCUUCGUGAUAAUGAUAUAUACUUCAUUCCUCGAAAUGUGUGUCAUCAAUUUAAAACAAUUUCUGCAGUCACCAGUAUAGCGUGGCACGUGAGGUUAAAGAGUUAUUACCCGGAUGUUAAGACUGAGUCUGAAAGUUCUGAAGAGAUGAACAGUAGCUCUUCCGAUGGCUGAAGGUAGUGAGAAAAAGGAAGUGUAUACGAAUAAGCUUUUAAGAAUUAUAUGGAGUGUGAAACAGUGUACAAUGUACAUAUGAAAAUAAUUAUUUUACAACAGAUAUCCACUGCUUUGUUAAGUGUACUAAUUUUCGCGCGAAAUUUAGUCCAGCACUUACGCGCAAAAUAUUUUGCACCAUAAUUUAUACUUAGUAAACCAUGCUUAUCUCGAGAAACGAAACUGAUAAUGAAAAUUUUUUAUUCCUACCGUUCAUGUAAAAGAAACCCGUUUAUAUUAACUUUAAAUUAUCACGGCAAAAAUUAGUACGGUUAUCAAUGUAGUAUAUUUACUAUAUACAAUAAGGGAAGAGAAAAAGACAAAAAUAGGGUUGAUUUAGGUGGAGAUAGUAGAUGUUUGCGAGGUUACCUGGCGUUUUAUCAGCGACUAACUUUUGUACCUUGUUUGAAGAAAAAUUGGCAAAAUAAUAAAAACACGCAUAAAGAGAAAAAAAGUCACCCGUUACUAAUUUAUUUCGCUGAUAGAUCUAUAAUGUAAAUUCCAAAAAAUGCUCAUUUUUUAAUAAUUAUUAAUAUUGACGCGAUUUUUACCAUAUAUAUUCUGUCCACGCCGAUACUCCAGUAUUUUAGCCAAUCGCCAAAAUUAAAUACGCGUCAAAUUUUGUACAAUUUGUACUUUAAAAUACCAUAUAGUUCUAUUCUAACUUAUCAAUUCCAAGAUUUCAUUUCUCGUGUGACGCAAAAUGUUCCGACUAAAUAAUGUCCAUAGUUAACUCCGUCAUGUAUAUUUAUAGAUGUGUAUGUACAUAUGUAUAUUAAAAUAUUUUAUGGUCACAGCUGUGUUAAAGUAUUUUAAUUUUACUCGUGUCGUUUUUUGAGUGACGACAAUUCCAUGGGACUAAUUUUGCACUUUAUUUUGACUGUUCCGUUGUCUUGGUGUUUUGUGGCGGUUACUUUAUUAUAUUGAAUAUUUUUUUACUUGAAAUGUUUUAAAGGAUCCUGUGUUAUAAAUUAGAUACACUUCGUGCCUAAAGGUGAAUUUCCAAAAAAGCCAAAUGCAACGAAACCAGAGACCUCUUCGCAUGCGCAGUCAUUAUUGCGUAAUGUUUACAUGCCAGUGGCUAUUGUAAGGAAGUUCAUAAUGUUCGAACUAUCUAGCAGGGUGCCGGAGAGAUUGCACUAAUUUAAAUUAACCAAUCUAAAUUAAGCUAGCAACACAUUCGGCUUUUCACUGCAUUUUGCUGCAGAACUUAUAAUCAGAUAAGAUUUCGCUUUGUAUCGCCUUUAUGGAAAUUCGUCUUAUUCUUUAUAUAUAAAUUUUAAUAUUCCGUCUAAUCUUAAUUUUUUGCUUUUUAACAUCUACUGCUAAAGUUGUGUUCUUAUGAACUCAUUUUUAUCCUUUCUAGUUCGAAAUAUGAUUUAUAUAUUGUGGGGUUAUACUUGCAGUGAUUCCAGCUUAUUUACGAUUUAUUUAACAAAUUAA